UCGACUUCCUGGUUAGACUACACGUAGGGUCAGUGCAGUGUUGAGAGCUUCGGAGUUGGAAGAUAGCUGCAAAUGACGACUUUUACUGACUUUCUUUAUGUAUCUACAAUUGUUGGUCACUCGCGUUUAUAGACGAGUUUAUUUACUUGAAUUAUAAUGAAGCUACAGUAGUGAGACUCAUGGUUAGCCACAGAUGUAGGCUAGGCUAAGUUAUCAAGCUAACAUUGGCAAGACUAAGUAGCCUGUUGUUUACAUCUUUUCCCCCAAGAUGUAUACUUUAUUAUCUGGAUUAUAUAAGUACAUGUUCCAAAAGGACGAAUACUGCAUUUUGAUUCUGGGACUGGACAACGCCGGGAAAACGACCUUUCUGGAACAAACCAAAACAAAGUUCAGUAAGAACUAUAAAGGAAUGAGCUUAUCAAAGAUCACUACUACAGUUGGCCUGAACAUUGGUACAAUUGAUGUGGGCAAGGCUCGUCUAAUGUUCUGGGAUCUGGGAGGUCAGGAGGAGCUCCAGUCUUUGUGGGACAAAUACUAUGCUGAGUCCCAUGGAGUCAUCUAUGUGAUAGAUUCAACUGAUGAAGGCCGCCUGUCAGAAUCAAAGGAGGCCUUCGAGAAAAUGAUCAGCAGUGAGGCAUUAGAAGGUGUUCCACUCCUCGUGCUGGCCAACAAGCAGGACGUUCCGGACUGUUUGUCAGUGCCAGACAUUAAAACAGCCUUCAGUGACUGUGCUCCGAAGAUCGGCAAGAGAGACUGUUUAGUCCAGCCUUGUACUGCCCUCACAGGGGACGGAGUGAAUGAAGGUAUUGAGUGGAUGGUGAAAUGUGUGGUCAGGAACAUUCACAGGCCUCCCAGACAGAAGGACAUCACAUAAGAAGUAAUCCGCAUUUUUAACUCUCAUUUUGGACUGAGAGUUUCUCCUUGAGGACAUUCCAUGUAAACCCUGGAGUUGAUUAACUUUCCUCUCUCCUUGUGUUUGCUGUGACUUUGAACAGUUUGGAUUUCUGCUUUUAGGAGUUCAUCACAGACAGAGUUUCACCAAGCAUAAUUUCAUAUUGUGCUUUGAACAGGAGUCUGUCUGUUACUCUUGUUACACGUUUUUGAAAUGGUGUUAUUAUUUCUUCUGCUUCAAGUGGGAGCAGCAGUCCCAGUGUUAGGUGCUGGCUGCAGCUGCUGCAACAGUCUGCAUGGGUCUUCAGUAACUGACAGCCUGCACUGUGAGCACAUAAACAUCAGUUUGACUUGUCAGUUCUCAUGCAAAAUAUACAAAACUUUAACAUGGUGGUUCUCUGCUCUCACCCCCGCCCCCCCCCACAUUUGUAAAAUCAAAUUGAAAUUUGAAACAGGAAAUAUCAAGUAAUAAUGAUACUGCAGCUAUUGUGCAUAUUACCUUGUACAUAGAAUCUUUAUUGAAUAUAUCUAUGGAACUGUGUCUAUAUUUAAGGCCAAUAGUUGGGCAUUUCCUCGACAGCAGUUGAGUGACAGCAGAGAGCCAGCAUUGCUUGGAUAUGGAUACCAUGUGCUCCCAUCAUGCUGUUAAAGGUAUAAUAUGCAGGAUUUGUUAAUCGCUGUUUUCAGUGUUGGCCCCUCCUCUCUGGCUCAAUGAGUGAGAGAGAGAGCGCAGUAGUAGAUGUAUAAGCUAGAGAGUGAAUGGAAAAAGGAAGUGGCGCUCAUGAGAACAAAGCAGUGAAUCAGAAAUAAAGCAUUAUUUUCUUUCACACUGGUUAGUUCCAAAAUACAAAUAAUAACCUACAUCUCCGCGCACUGCCACACAGUCCUGUGGAAAAUGCCACACUGCCAGAUUUUGAUUGAUUGCAGCCCAAGCUCAGCCCCACCCUGUCAAACAGACAGAGACCUGCAGCUCCAUGACACAGACAGAUAGGGGAGAAUGACAGACAGCAAUGUAACCUGGUUAUUAAGUUUUUAUAUAGUCCUAGCCCUCACUACUUGUGUGCUGUUACUGGGUGUGGGUACACACUCACUGGCCAAAGGUUGCAACCUAGAAAUGACCUGAACACUGCAAAAUAACAGGAAAGUACAGGCUGUGAGCAGGGUUAAUUCACCACUCACUUCUAGUGGGUCACAAGUGAUGAUUGAGAGGGAUUAUUUUUGUGUAAGUCUAUACAUCGUUUUCUAAGUAAAUCCUGCACAUUAUUACUUUCAGUGUGUAUUCUGCUCAAAUGGAAGUAACUUAGCCUAGUUAGCAAAUGAUGGUUUUGAUUCCCACUAAAACAACGGUUUAGUCUCUUUUUGAUACUUUUGUUUUCCGUGUCUGUGGCUCGCAUCUCUAAGUCCAGUGGUUCCUACUGAACAUCAUCAACAACAUUUUUUUUAAAAACUGUUCCCAGAUACAUGCUUUCAUUAAAAAGAAGAAAAAUGCUAGCAUGUAUCAUGUGCUUGUGGUGCACGUUAAAUUGAACAAACGAUUUUUAGCGUCCACACAAAUCGGUGGACGUUCUGUCGGAAGCAAAAUAUUUAAUGCCACCAGGAUAACACCAAUCUAGGGAACUACAAAAGGAGAAAUAAAACCAAUUUCUUAAGAUUUCUUGUUUUUGGGAAUUACAAGUUUGUACACAUGUACACAAAAACUGUAACUGUCAUAUAUGUACAUACUAAUUUCUUAGCAAAAAUAAGUUUUAAUUUCAGUUUGACUUUAAGGUUUGAACUCUCCAGCUGGUAAACUGACUCCACAGCCUUCUGUAUGUUUUGACUUUCCAUAACUAUUUGAGGAUACGUUCAUGAUAAAUGAGCGAAAAUCACUUUAAAUGUAAAAAGAGUCAUUUUGAAGGGUUAAUGACAUUAUUGACAUUACUUUGAUGAGUCUCCUUGUGGCAGCUGUGCAGUGUGAAGUGUUCAAAUCCUAAUAAUGUCAGCUGAAAACAUUUGUUGUGUCCAUCUCUUUGGAAAGGGGGGAGUUUUUGAUUUGUGUCUUUUUUUUUUUUUUUGCUCAUUGAAGAGAGCAACUCAAGCAGCCCCCACAGUCUUUAAACUUGUCAGAAUAUCUUUUGAUCUCUGUAAAACAUUAAUAGUUUGAUCGCUCAUAGAUCAGCAUUAAGAUUUUUUUAAAGUGAUUUUGGAAAUGUUAAUGUUUUAAUUUACAGAGACACUAUGGAUGGCUGGGUAACUGGACAUGAUAUCUGUCAAAACUAAAUGCACAAAGUGUGCUGCUGAACACACAGACACCUUGCUGACCUCUGCUGACUCACUGUAUACCAGCAGUUUAACUUUAGAUGUAUGAAGUGAUUAAAUAAAACUGAAGGUGACAUCAUCUGUCAGUCACAUA